AAAACGCUUUCUUCGGGGAGCAUGUCAGUAGGCCUGCGUGUGAAGUGUUGUCCCAAGACGUCCUCGCCAUCGGCGAGAUGUGUGUGCGUUUCGUGGAGGAAGGAACGUCGCGGGAGCCAGGGCAGUGGUAGACACAGGGACCUGCAUCAAGUUCCCCUCCCCACGGAGCUGUACAACUGUGCCUCACCAGAAGUGAUCUUUCAGAAGGCAGCCACGGUGAAGUCGGACAUCUACAGCUUUUCCAUGAUCACACAAGAGAUUUUAACAGGUUGGUAAAUAUGUUUAUAAAGGAAAAUGAAGAAAAAUGCUCAGCUAUUUUAGACCAGUGUAUUUUACCCUGAUGAGGGAAUUUAUGAAGAAACACCUACCUGGCAUUAGAAGGCUCAGCACUCAUGGCAUUGAUAGAAGCAACAUUAGUGCUGUUAGAUAACAAAGAAAUGCCUAUGCCUGUGCAGCUUCACCCUCUUUCCCCAAAAGAACAGAAAA